CCAAAACCAAGGCAUCAUCAUUAUCAAUGGAGAGCUGCAAGGCAAAACUGGGUUUAAUGGCGUGGCUGGUGCUGAGCUCAUUAACGACGGCGAAUUCCACCUCAUUUCAAGAAUGCUACGCCACCUGCUUCCUCAUAUGCGCCAUCACGCCCGGCGUCGCCUUCUCCGACUGCCCAUUGAGAUGCCUGCAAGCCUGCAUUAUCCCAUCUUUUCCUAUCCACAACGCCGCCGCCGACGACGUCCACCGGCAACAAAAAAACCAGUUCUUUUGCGAGCUCGGCUGCGCCGCCUCCUCGUGUACCAAGUUCAGCACCCAGAAAAACCCAGCUGAAAAGAAAGUGGGAAGCUGCGUGGAUUCGUGCUCUCGGACAUGCUCCAUGGAUUGAUCUUAGCCGUUCAACUACUAGUUAGGUGAAUGAUGUCGCUGGUCAAGGUACGGGAGUGCUUAGUAGCUUUGCUGCCACAAAGGGAUGUCGACCUAGGAGUCUGUCAUGUUUGCAUCUUAUAGUUGUCAUAUCAUCCUUUUCAGUAACUCGAUCCCAUUCCGAAUUUUUCAUUGAUUUCAUUCAUAUAUGUUUUCAUUGCACAAUCAGUUGGUCCCGAUCUAGUUUAAAGCUUCAAAAAUUGAGUCGUGAUAGUA